AGAGGAGUCAAGUCUAACUAUUUUCACUCUCCUCGAGAGCGAAAUACCUUCUUAAACGCAAGUUUUUUCUUUUUACAACUUUAACUAUUUAUAGUUGGUUCAGUUUCAUUCAAACUCUAUGCGGUGUAGUGCACAAAAUCGGGACUUUCCACAUGCCCCAGUAAGUGGCCCAUUACCCACCCCCAACCCAAUCAAUUAUCACAAGUUUUCCGCCCAAAAUAAAUUCACAAUGCAAAAAACCGACCCCGACCAAACCCUUAUCACAAUUCCCUUAUCACCGCGAAAACCGUCCCAGUGGGCGUGGACAAAAAACGCCCCUUUCGGUGUUUUGUCAAUCAGUGUCUUGGAGAUAAUCGUCUACGCCGCCUCGGAUGAAACCACCCAAAAACUGCUCCGGUUCGAACCGAAUAACCUAACCGAAAUUUGGCGGUUUGUCACCUACAUGCUCCUCCACGAGGACUGCAUCCAUUUAGGCCUCAACAUCCUCAUGCAAGUCCUUUUCGCCUUUUUCCUGGAGGCGAGACACGGCCGUGCCCGGAUUCUCGCCUUGUACGUCGCCGGAGGCGUGACCGGAGUCCUGGGGGCGGCGUGCUUCCACCCGGAUUUGGUCAUCGGCGCCUCCGGGGGCGUCUACGCACUUUUGAUUUCGCACACGGCUGAUAUUUUUUUGAAUUUCGCCACCUUGAGUUAUAAAAUCCACAGAGGGGUUUGUAUCGCGAUUAUUGUCGUUUUUGACGUUGUUUACAACGUGAUUCAUGCGAGUUUUAGAAAGGAGCCGCUGAUUUCCUGGGGGGCUCACAUGAUUGGGGGGCUUGCUGGGCUGUUUUUGGGGCUGGUGUUGUUCAAACAAGAAAAAGGGGCGAGCACACGUAGAUUUGUUUUAUUUUUGGUCGGUUUAUUACUUUACGUGGUUUUAUUUAUCACGCUUGUGGUAAUAACAGUCCAGAUUAAAAAGUGUACUCCCAAGGAUGUGAUACGCAAGCGGUAUGUUUAUUUUUGUUGAGUUUUUUAAUACUGUGUGUUUAUAAAUGUGUGGAAUUACACAAUUUGUAAGUGUUUGAGCUUAUUUUUAGUCUUUGGUUUUGUAAAAUUUGGAAAAAUAAAUGAUUGACAAAC